GGGUGGAUCCAGGUUUUUCAUUGUCCGAGUGAGCUUUGAAGUCCCCCAGGAGAAAAAUGGAGUCCCCACUUGGUACCCUUUCCAGGAGACCGCCCGACAACAACAGUCAGAGACAUCCUUCCUGCAAAUGAAGCCGCUUUAAAUGAAAGCAUUUUUAAUGAAACCAGUUUAAGUCAAACCAGUUAAAAUGAAACCAAUAUCAAUAAUCUGGGUUUAUUUGAUGCUGACAACAUCUUGUGUCAUUUGUCCCUCAGAUGACAGGAGACGGUUUUGACAUCAUAUAUGCAGCGGUGGACACCAGACAGGUGGAGUCUCAGCUGGUCUAUGAGUCCAAACCGUACGCCCACCUGUACUUCAUCUUCUUCACUGUCUUCGGCGUCUUCUUCACCUUCAACUUCAUCAUCAGACACAUCAUGGACAACCUGCUGAGAGACAAGUCGGCAGGUCGGCGUCUCUUCGUGACGGAGGAGCAGCAGAAGUUUUGGGCGGUCAUGAAAAUGCGAGCGCUGCGUCCUCAGAAGGCUGUCCCUCGUCCUCAGGGGGUGUGUCGUGCCGGCCUCUUUGACCUAGUGACCGGAGCGCCGUUCAGCGUGUUAAUGGCAGUGGUGAUCUGCCUCAACAUGGUGGUCCUGAUGAUAGAGACGAGGGACCAGAGCGAAACAAUGGACAUUGUCCUCUCCUGGCUGCAUUUCGUCUUCAUCCUCAUCUUCCUCAUCGAGUUCAUCCUGAAGAUCAUCGCGCUCGGACGCCACUACUUCUCCGACGGCUACAACGUCCUAGACUUCCUGGUGCUCAUCAUAACCAUUGUGGUUUCCUCUAAUGAUGUCAUCAUCUCCUCUGAUGAUGUCACUGUUUCCUCUAAUGAUGUCAGCGUCUCCUCUGAUGAUGUCACCGUCUCCUCUGAUGAUGUCACUGUGUCCUCUGGUGAUGUCACUUUGUCCUCUGAUGAUGUCACUUUGUCCUCUGGUGAUGUCACUGUGUCCUCUGAUGAUGUCACUGUCUCCUCUGAUGAUGUCAUCGUCUCCUCG